AUGACGGCAGCGUACCGAACCGCCCGUGAAAGCUCGGCAAGAGCAGAAGAUUCAAGCCGCCGAUUGCGUGCGGUCUAUCAUACGUUGCACCCACAUCCAGCACUAUCACCAGCCCCUGGUUCAGGUGACGAGGAUGGUGCGAAACAACGACAGGCCGAGAAAAUAUACCGUCAGCUUCUGGCCCACGGAGCGAUGGCUGUGCUUCUUCCAACAGAAGAUUUGCAGAAUGUUUGCUUACGAACAUUGGUUGGAGAUAUAUUGGCCGAUCUACUCUUGGGAGGGGUUGUCAGUGGGAAAGUUUCUGAGGGGUGGUUUAUCUGGGAUUCCAUCUCGAAAAUUCUCGCGAGUUUGAACCAAAAAUCUCAAAGUGAUGGUGUGGAACACGACCACAGUGGCAAUCUAGAGAAAGGCGAUCCCGAACCUGAUCAGGAACGAUCAUCUAACUUUGGCAGCUACUCGACUCAGAGAAGCCAAUCGGUCCUCCUAUCAACCCUUUUCAGCCUGAUGCAAUACUGCUAUAUAGCCUAUGUUGCAUCUCGGUUCGUGGCUUUGGGGUUGUUUCGUGUCUCAUCCUCAUCAUCGUCAACGACAACAACCUCAUCCCCAGCAUAUGCUAGCAAUAGUAUCAACUCUAAAGAGGCAACCCCUUCCCGAUCCAAGGGUAACAUCGUGCGAUUGCCCGUUUUGGAGUAUCGAAUCUUUAGCGUGAUUUCGCAGCUUCUUGACAUAUCAAGCCGAAUGCCAUGGCUUGGAGGGAUUCUGGCCCUUGUCUACCACCUUUUAAUGACAGGCCCAGGCAAAAUUGGAACGGCAGAUGGAGUGAUUGACAGGUGA